AUGCAGCUCCACCCGCGCCACUUCGGUCGAGACCUCCGGGAUAAGCUGGUGUCGAAGCUCAUGAAGGAUGUUGAAGGGACCUGCAGUGGUCGACACGGGUUUAUUGUGGCGAUUACUGGAAUUGAAAAUGUGGGCAAGGGUUUAAUCAGAGAUGGCACUGGGUUUGUGACGUUUCCCAUCAAGUAUCAGUGCGUCGUGUUUCGGCCUUUCAAGGGGGAAAUUUUGGAAGCUGUUGUCACCAUGGUAAACAAGAUGGGAUUUUUUGCUGAAGCUGGGCCUGUCCAAAUUUUUGUUUCCAAUCAUCUGAUACCAGAUGACAUGGAGUUCCAAUCUGGUGACAUGCCAAACUACACUACUUCAGAUGGAUCUGUCAAGAUCCAAAAGGACAGCGAGGUCCGGUUAAAGAUAAUUGGAACACGGGUUGAUGCGACAGAAAUUUUCUGCAUCGGCACAAUCAAGGAUGACUUUUUGGGCGUCAUUAGCGAUCCAAAUGCAACUGCCUAG